CAACAUAUGGAAUUUUGCAAUGACACCCAUUGAGGUUUCAUCUUUGUACGCAGGAUGCGACAACCAAGGCAAUGUUGUUGCCUGGAUACAGAUGAAACAUAAUAUCCAUGGAAACGUUGUAGUUGAAGAGAAUUCCACACUUUGUGCAGGUAAAAGUAACUGUGAAGGAAACACAUGUUUUAAUGGUGGAACGUGCAUAGACCUGAUUGACGACUUUUCAUGCGAGUGUGCCACAGGGUAUACCGGGGAGCAUUGUCAAGAAUAUUUAGAGUCGUGUCAACAUAGACUUUGUUCGAACGGUGGUACAUGUCUCAUGGAAGGACUGAAUAACACUUGUAUAUGUAAACAGGGUUUCUCAGGUGUGCACUGUGAACUCAACCACGAAUGUUCAGAAAAUCCUUGCAGAAACGGUGGUAGCUGUGAGAUGUUGAAAGAAAAUCCGGUUUGUACAUGCGAUAAUGGCUUCACAGGAAGACAGUGUCAAUAUGAUAUUGACGAAUGUCGCCAUAGUAACGGUGGUUGUAGUCAUCAGUGUCACAAUACAAAUGGAUCAUUCUACUGUACUUGCCCUGAUGGAUUUGCUCUGACGACAGAUGGGAAAACAUGCAUGGAUACCUCAUACUGUUCAUCACGUGGGGUGUUGUAUUCGGCAGAAGAGGUUUGGACUGAAAACUGCCAAGACUGCCAGUGUGAAAAUGGUUUAGCUGUGUGCCAACGGAAGUAUUGCCCACCACUUUCUUGUCCAGAGGGUCAACAUCCUUAUCAUGGACCUGACAAAUGCUGCAGUUCAUGUGUCGAAGAUUCCAAGACAUGUGUCGUUUCCGUGACUGGCCAAUACAGUACCUUUGACUGGUAUGCGUUUCAAUUUCGAGGACGGUGUCGUUAUGUACUUGCCCAGGAUUGCUCUAGUGGCGAUUUUAGUAUUCAGAUCGAGGAAGAAAAUGGCAGCGUUGGUCGCAGUAUUUCUCACCGCAAAGCACUUUUCAUACAUAUUAGCUGUGUGAACAUUGUUAUUCAUUUAGACGGCAGAGUGACAGUUGCCGAGAGAGAAGUGAAUCUUCCUUAUGUUCAUGCCAGUCCGAAAGUCGUUGAAAUAAUCAAGACAAGUUCAAACAGUACUUUCGUCAAAACUUCAUACGGAGUAACGAUUGAUUGGGAUAUGUAUGGGGACGUUGUGGUGUUUGCUCCUCGCAAGUACACAAACAAACUAUGUGGAUUGUGUGGCAACAUGAACUCUGAAUCCGGAGAUGACAAAAUAACACGUCAGUAUCUUCCUGCCAGGACCGUAAAUGAGUUUAUUCACAGCUUUAAAGUAGAUGGAUACAAACACUGCAGGAAUCCUCAUUCAUCACGUUCUUUAUUUCGGGGUGUUAGAUUCACCAAUGUAGAUGUGUGUGCUGGAAAAACAUACCGAGAACAACGAGAGGCCAGAGCGAGGUGCAGUGCGUUACGGAAACCUGCGUUCCACCCGUGCUAUGAUGUGGUUAAUCCUAAAAGUUAUUACCAAAUGUGUCUCGAAGAAGUGUGCUCUUGCGCACAAAACGAACUUUGUUACUGUGAGGCAGUUGUUGCAUACGUACAUGAAUGUCGAAGAAACGGGAUUAUUAUAAGAAAAUGGAAAGACAAGGAGCUGUGUGGCUCGUCAUGUCCACCGGAUAUGAUAUAUGAUCACUGCGGUCCCCCGUGCCCAGAGACAUGUGAAGGAUUAGAAGAACAUGACCCAUUAUGUCACAACCAGCCAUGUGUACCGAAGUGCCAAUGUCCCGCAGGGUAUGUUUUACACGAAGAAGCCUGUAUUCCACGGUCAAAGUGUCCCUCCAAUACCAUGCUAUUAGUCUAACUCCCCUGCAAAUGAUUAUUAUGACAAUUCAUCGUAAUACCCAGUAACUUUGCAUGGUUUAUUUGAUCACAUGUUUAUUUUAGAGGGGAAGAAUUUGUUAAUUACGUAAUCAGUGCAUAUGUGAACUGUGUGCGUAUUGAUCUGCUUUGAAUGCGCUACCCUAUAAAAUGAACAACC